AUCUGACCCUAGCAUCACAUCGAUUUUAUGAUCUCAGACGCGAUGAUGAGAAUGAUAUGUAUGUAUACACAACAAUGUAAAUUAAUUCAAUUUAAAAUCUGCAAAUUGCAUUUAACCAACAGUUUAAAAGAGGAAAUACAAACGGGGAAUAUCUAAUAUUGCAAAGUUGCUUCGCAUCACCAUCAUUGCCACACUUUGAGUAGACUUUUAAAUACCCAUGCUAAUUAAUAAUUAAUUGAUUUUUUAUCCUACCUCCUGUUGAGCGACAAAAAAUAUGAGACGAUGAGGCAAGUUGAGCCGAUUAAACAAAUUCUAAUGGCUUGAGAGCGUCAUCUGCAGGACUCGUCUCCAUCUCCUUCACUCGCGAUAGAAGAAGCGUGCCUGCCUGAGUGAAUUUUUGGUUUCCGAAUAAAACUAACGGAAUUGAUCAUAGAUUCGAAUCAAGAUGGCGACUCCACCGAUAAUUAAAAUUCUCAGGUGUCUGUGCAUCGGCAUUAUCAACACGUCAUUGAUAGUGUGAUCCGCAAUAUGUCUGGGACUUUUUUGGACGCAGGGAUAGAUCAAAGUGUCCUUGUCGAUUUGGGUGUCCAGUGGCGAAAAAAUUUAGCUGAAAUGGGAACUGUGACGGAUUUCAAGGACAACAGGGUCAUUGAGGAGAGCGAAAUCCCAUCGACAUCAGCGGGGCCUUCAAUGAACGAUAUAGCGAAAGGGGAUGUUGUCUACAUCCUUCCACCCGCGCAGACUGUCGGUGUUCCUGUACUUAUCCAACCUGUCAGUGAGGAUGGGCCGAGUGUAACUGUCACGGUCCCGGUGGCAGCUCUACAUGGAGGAAUAUUACGGCAAAUCAUUUCCGUGCCCGGAAUGUUUGAAAUUUCGGGCGAGCAAGAUUUCACUACGGUCGUACAAGCCAGAGUGAAUGAAGAAUUGCGCAAGCGUGGGCUCCGAAUUAUCAAAGGGCGAGUACCCAAGAAGAGCGGAGGGAUUGGACAUCGUGGACGUGGAGGGAGGGGUGUUGCUAGAGGGAGAGGACGCGGCCGUGGUCGUGGUCGAUCUAGCAAAUUUGCUACCAGUUCCACUAGCGAUGAAGAUGAAAGCGAUGUGGAUGAUGAAGAGGAAAUUGAGCGUAAGCCUGCUGGUCGCGGAGGAAGGGGCGGUGCUAGAGGGAGGGGACGCGGUCGUGGUCGUAGCCGGGGUCGACCUAGCAAAAUUGAUACUCGUGAGUCAAGCGAUAAAGAAGACGACGACAUGGAUGAUGACCAGGGUAUUAAGCUUCAGCCUGGUCGUGGAGGGAGAGGUACUGCUAGAGGGAGGGGCCGUGGUCGCGGUCGAGGUCAAGGUCGACCCAGCAAAAUUGAAACUCGAGACGCAAGCGACAAUGAAGACACGAGCGAUAAAGAAGAAAACGACAUUGAUGAUAAGCAAGAAAUUGAGCCUCAAAUUGGUCGUGGUCGUGGUGAAUCAAGCAAAAUUGCUACUCAUGACACAAGCGAUAAAGAAGAAAAUGACAUGGACGAUGAGCAAGAAAUUGUGCGUCAGGCUGGUCGUGAAGGAAAAGGUUCUGCCAGAGGGAGGGGACGCGGUCGCGGUCGUGGGCGAGGUCAAGGUCGACCUAGCAAAAUUGAAACUCUAGAGACAAGCGAUAAAGAAGAAGACGACAUGGAUGAUGAGCAAGAAACUGAGUUUAAGCCUGGUCGUGGAGGAAGGGGCGCUGCUAGAGGGAGGGGACGCGGUCGAGGUCGUGGUAAAUCUAGCAAAAUUACUACACGUGACUCCAGCGAUGAAGGAGAUAACGACAAGGAUGAUGAGCAAGAAACUGAGCUUAAGCCUGGUCGUGGAGGGACGCGGACGACGCGGUCGCGGCCGUGGUCGAUCUAGCAAGGUUGCUAUUCGCGCCACAAACGACAAAGACGAAAGCGAUGUGGAUGAGCCACAGGAGAUCAAGUUUGAGCCUCGUCGUGGAGGGAGAGUUGCUGGAAGAGGGAGGGGGCGUGGUGGUCGUGGUCGUGGCCGGAGACGUGCUCUUGAAGACGAGCAAAUCCCUCAGCUGGAUGGUGGGCUCGAUUCAGAGUCGGAUGGCGAAGACAUGGAUUGUAUUGAUGAAGAGGAAGAAGAACUUAACAAAGCUGCAAUGGAAUACCGAGCCGAACAACGGGAAAGGAUGUAUACUCAGGAUAACUUGAUCAUUUGCCAGUAUGAAAAGAUCAUCCGGAAAGGAUACUCGUGGAAAUUCGUCGUCAAAGAUGGCAUCAUGAAGAUCAACGGAAAAGACUACGUCUUCGGUUUUGGGGAGGGCGAAACGGGCGAAGCUCCUGACAUUAAACCGUAUGGAUGGGUUCCUCCGGGGUUCGAAAUUGUUCCCAAAGUAGAACUCUCAUCGACAAUCUUCCCAAUUGUCUUGGACAUCCCACCACCCGGCGUUUCAAGCGUUACUUACCAAAUCUAAUCCCUAUUUCACCCAACUCUGAAUGACCACUAUUUUUAUUAUUUCUUGUGGUCCUAACUUUUAUUUCUUUUACAAUUUGUUACUGAUCCAUCUUGCUCACAAUAAGACUAACUCGUAUUGAAUUGA